GGUGCCGGCAAGGCUUGUAUUGGGGGAAAAAGGAUAUCGAUACCUGCCUCUCUCGUCUCUCUCUUCCCGUUCGGGUCCUGCCGCCCUCUCUUUCUCUCUCUCCCUCUCCUUCCACGCCUUGUCAGCCGAGUAGCCGUCCGUUCCGCUUCCGCAGCGUCAGGGUUUCCGGGAGAGACUGGCCUACCUCGGCCGACCGGGCGGGCGGCUGAAACCAAAGGCGGCUUACAUAUGGUUUCCAGGUGGUCUCCCAUCUGGGCACUGACCAGACCUGACCCUGCCUAGCUUCAGCAGAGUGCUGGCCUUAUGUGCCUUCAGACCACAGCCAACUCCUCAGAAGGUCCUGAACAAGGCUUCUGUCUUCCUUCCACUAUGAGAUGCCUGCACUUUCUUACCCCUUUCACAAGUUGUUUUGAAUGGUACAAGUUUUAAUAAACGUUUGCGUGAAGCAAGAAGAGGAGAGAUGGCAUCUACAAAACAAAAGAUGAGCAAGAACAAGGACGAUGCUCCCCAUGAGUUGGAGAGCCAAUUCAUUUUGAGACUGCCUCCGGAAUAUGCUUCUACUGUGCGGAGGGCUGUUCAAUCUGGAAGCGUCAACUUGAAGGACAGGCUUACCAUUGAAUUGCAUGCAGAUGGCCGUCAUGGGAUUGUGCGAGUAGACCGCGUCCCGUUAGCUGCCAAGCUGGUAGACUUGCCCUGCAUCACUGAGAGUCUGAAAACUAUUGAUAAGAAAACUUUCUAUAAGACAGCAGAUAUUUGCCAGAUGCUUGUAUGUACUGUGGGUGGUGAACUCUACCCUGCUCAGGAAGAGCCAGCUCCUGCAAGUACUGACGGCAAAACAAAUAAGAAAAAAGACAAGGACAGAGAGAAAAAGUUCCUCUGGAAUCAUGGCAUUACUCUCCCCCUAAAGAACGUGAGGAAGAGGCGGUUCAGAAAGACGGCCAAGAAGAAGGCCCAGUACAUUGAGUCCCCAGAUGUGGAAAAGGAAGUGAAACGCCUGCUGAGCACAGAUGCUGAAGCUGUCAGUGUCCGCUGGGAGGUCAUAGCUGAAGAUGAAACAAAAGAACCUGACAACCAUGGUUCACUCACAAGCCUGGAUAUUUCUUCUCCUGGGAUGUCCGGACACAAAGCAAGCCAUGGUUCAUCAGCGAUAGAACAUGAUGAACUCCGGGAGAUGUUUAAGGACGUCAGCAGUACCAGCAGUGAUGAGGAUGAGAGGGAUCACCACGAUGAUGAAGACCUGAACAUCAUGGACACAGAAGAGGACCUGGAGAGGAGGCUGCAGGGCAAGCUGAAUGAACUGGAUGGGCAACAGGAAGAAAAUGAAGGGACCAACCAGAUAGCCAUGGGAAUCCAGAAGCAGAUUGACAACCUGAAAGGCAAGUUGCAGGAGACCCAGGAACGCAGGAAACGGCAAGAAGAUCUCAUCAUGAAAGUAGAGAACCUGGCCCUCAAGACCCGCCUCCAAGCUGUGCUGGAUGAAUUCAAACAGCAGGAGGAGCGAGAGAAACAGCAGCUGGCUUCUCUCCAAGAACAGCUGGAAGCCCUUAUGGAAAAGUGAGGCCAGUUCUAACUUUUCAAGUAGUGCAGCUAUGACAUCGUCUGGAAACCUUCAGAGCCUGCCUUUCCUUCUGGGGCCUUUAAAUUCACCAACAUUAAUCUCCUUAUAUUCUGUGACUGAGAAGGAGGUCGCUUGCAGUUUUAGUUUUGUUUUUUCCAAAGAGCUGGUGUUUUGCAGAUAAUAGACUAGACAUGCAAAUACCAACAGUUGGGGGAAACACAGGUUUCCUGGAACAAGAUUAGUGUUCCUGCUUAAGACAGAAAAAUAUUUGUUGCAGUCUUGGUUCUAAAAAAUACCAUCUUUUUACAUAUUGCUCAGCCGGCAUGCAACAUGCUCAUUUUUUUUAAGGCAGUUUGUGCUCCUAAGAGCAGCAUGAAAUGAAUUCUUGCCUGGAAGGAAAGGUGGUAGGGCAGUGCAGAGAGACUUCUCCUUAUUUGUAAAUAUUGCUUGUAAGAAGGAAGACAACACUGUUCCCAUCCUAACCAGCCUUCACACUUUGACAGAGUUUGCCAUCUCCUUGUCUGUAAGAGGUUUUCAUACAAAAUAAAAACCAAUAAAGGUG